AUGGACGAUUUCAAGUAUACUGUCCAAGAGAAGAUCUCAAGAGAUCCUUCCAACACUCUCGAUGUUAUCAUCGUCGGCGCUGGUUUAGGUGGGCUCGGUGCAGCCAUUUCGGUCUUACUCGCUGGCCAUAAUGUUACUGUCCUAGAGUCAGCGUCGGAAAUUGGUGAGGUGGGAGCUGGUAUUCAGAUACUGCCAAACGCAGCACGCGUGCUGUUCUCCUGGGGUCUUAAAGACGCCCUGGAAAAGUUCGCAACGAAACCCAAAAAGUGUAACUUCAUCGGCUGGAGGGGGAACAAGCUGUCCGAGAUGGACUAUCACGCCUACACGCAAGCUAGCUCAUCGCCCUUCUGGGACUUUCACCGCGCCAACCUGCACAAGUGUCUGGUCGACCGGACCUUGGAACUUGGCGGCAAGAUUAUGACAAAGGCUAGGGUCGAAGCUCUGAAAGUUGCACAGGAUCAGUUGAGCGCCACUGUGACACUGCAAGAUGGACAAAAACUGACUGCCGACUUGGUCGUUGGAGCGGAUGGGAUAAACUCCAAGCUGAGGGAAAUCUUCUUGGGCCAUCCUGACCCACCAGUACUGACCGGUGACUUGGCUUAUCGGAUCAUUCUGGACGCGGACGAGAUGCGCAAAGAUCCUGAAUUGAGAAAUUUUGUUGACGAGCCCCAAGUCAAUUAUUGGCUCGGCCCAGACGCACACGCCGUCAACUACGUACUCAAAGGCGGAAAGCUAUUCAAUAUGGUUCUCCUUGUGCCAGACGACAUACCAGAAGGCAGCAACACAGCCGAAGGAGACGUUGAGGAGAUGAGAGCUUACUUCAAAGACUGGGACCCAAGAAUUGGCAAACUACUGUCAAUGUGCGACUCAGUUUUGAAAUGGCGCCUUUGCAUCCGACCGGGCCUCGAACCAACCUGGUCAGAUCCGUCAGGGGCGUUUACCCUACUAGGGGACGCUGUGCACGCGACAUUACCAUAUCUCGCAAGUGGUGCAGGGAUGGCACUCGAGGACGGCAGCAUUCUUGGUCUUUGCCUUGCACGAAUCGCCGACAAGAGCUCUGCUUCGAAGGCCCAGGCACUUCGUGUAUACGAGGCUUGUCGCCGUGAACGUACAGAGAAGGUCGUCAAGCAGGGUACUUAUAACCAGUGGAUUUAUCAUCUCCACGACGGCGACGAACAGCAAAAGCGGGACCAGAGACUCAAGGAGUUCGAGCAAUGGGAACUUGACUGGAUGAGCCAACCUGUCUUCACGGUGCCUGAGUCAUCUGAAACUGGCCCGGACCCACUGCCGUGGAGGUGCAAUGGGGUUGGACGAUGGCUGCUCACAUAUGACACAAACAAAGAUGUUGCUGCAAGGUGGGUUAGUUGA